UUUCAGCUUCGGCGACGCGAGCUUCGAAGGAAGAAGAAGAAGAAAGAAGGUGUUUUGUAAACUUUUCGGCGCUGAAGUGACAAGAUGACUGAAGAGGUUCCAGCCGCGCCGGUAGCCGCGCUCCCAGCCGUCAAGGCCCCCGCGAAGAAGGCGAAGAAAGCGGCAGGAGGCGCUGCCAAGGCUCGGAAGCCUGCUGGCCCCAGCGUGACGGAGCUGCUGACCCAGGCCGUGUCGGCCUCCAAGGAGCGCGGCGGGGUCUCCCUAGCCGCCCUCAAGAAGUCCUUGGCGGCCGCCGGUUACGAUGUGGAGAAGAACAACAGCCGCAUCAAGCUGGGCCUCAAGAGCCUGGUGACGAAGGGGACCCUGGUCCAGACCAAAGGCACCGGCGCUUCAGGCUCCUUCAAGCUCAACAAGAAGCAGGCCUCCGAGGGCAAGGAGAAGAAGGCUGCCCCCAAGAAGAAGCCCGCCUCCGCCGCUUCCAAAGCCAAAAAGCCCGCCGCCAAGAAGCCCGCCAGCGCGGCCAAGAAGGUGAAGAAGGCGGUGGGCGCCGCGGCCGGGGCCAAGAAGAGCGUCAAGAAGGUGACCAAGAAGGCGGUCUCCGGAGCCAAGAAAGCGGCCGCCAAGAGCCCCAAGAAGCCCAAGGCGGCCGCCGCCAAAGCCCGGAAGCCGGCCAAGAGCCCCGCCAAGGCCAAGGCGGCCAAGCCCAAAGCCAAGCCCAAGACCCCCAAAGCCAAGGUGGGCAAGGCCAAGAAGGCGGCGCCCAGGAAGAAGUAAAGAGCGGAGGCGGCGGCGGCGGCGAAGAAGCGGAGCGGUUCGUCCUUUACACCCCAAAGGCUCUUUUAAGAGCCACCCA